AUUCAGUUUCUCGCGGACUCUACAAUCGUUAAGUAAUUUGGGGAAAUUAAUAAGUGAAAUAGUGUUUGUGCGGGUAACUCGUCAAAGUCGUGCAUGUAAGAAGGCGUUUGCCGGUUAAAGUGCAGUGCAUUGUUUAUGUGUAACACGCCACUCGUGAGUGGGAGUGUGGGAUGUGUAAGCGCGUGUGUGUUUUACGAGAAAUGAGUGCGUGACAAAAGCAUCUUAGCGCUGACGCUAAUGACAGCUGAGGCAAUUAGAGAUAUGGCGAAAUGGCAUAAGUGCAUAUGCAAAAACAAAUAAACAAAAGGAAUGAGAGCAUAAAUAAGAAUUUGCAUUUUCGUGGAUUUCGCUGGAAGUGACUAAAGUAAAUAUGUGUGCAUAUGUACGUGCGGAAGGAAAAUAAAUGCUUAUUUGAAAAUAAAACGCGAGCACGGGAUAAAACGUUGGAUUAGCGAAUGCACGAACACAUAAAAGUUUGAAAUGUGAAUAAAGAGUUAUUUUAUAUGGUUGAUGUAUGGUACAAAAUUAUAUAAUAAAUUAAUUUGGAUACUAUAACAACUGCAAAAGUAUUUCAAAUUUAAAUUAUCGAGUUUAUACAUACAUAAGUGAUAUUAUGUACUGACAUCGAAAUCAAAAGUCAAUUUUAAUCAAUAUUAGAACAAACUGAACUUAAAAUUACUUUCGCUUUUACUGCAUUUCGGCAACAAAGAUUGAUUUGUAACGUUGAGAAUACCAGUUUGAAGAAAAACUGGAGUGAUAAAAGAUCUGAUAAAAUAAAUAUCAUCUGCCAUAUAUUGACUUAGCGCGCUGAUAAAUAGAUAUGUAUGUAUGUAUGUAUGUAUUUACAUGUGUAUGUAGACCAACAUAAAAAAGUGAAAACCAAUAUUUAGACAAAUACUAAAGGCAAUGCACCGAAAUAUGGGUCAGUUUGAUUAGUUGACAGAGCAAAUAAAAACAAUUGACAAUGUUUUGAACAUGAGUGGCGUAUAAGAAAAUUAAGUGAACGACUUUAGUGCUACUUUUAAAGGCAGUAUGUAAUUAUCACUGUGAGUAUAGUUAUGCAGUUCCAAAAAUUCCUGAAGUUACGUCGAUCAAUUUGAUACGAUCAAAAUCUAACCGCAAAAAAAAAAAAACAAUAAAUGAUUAAAAAUUUAAUAAAAAAAAAUAGAUCUGAAUUAAAUGAUAAAAAAUUAUUAAAAAAUAAUGAUUAAGAAAUGAAAACUAAUUGAAAAUUUCUGGUGCGUGUUUGCAACCAAUAAAUAGUGUGACAAAAUUUCAAUUAGUGAGUGUAAAAAAACUGGAUUCGAAAUAUUAUAUAUUUAUCGCGGAUAUUAAAGGCUUUUAAAAUCAUUACAAGUCGUCGUGGAAUGAGAUAUCUUAAAGCUAUUGAAUAACAAAAACGAUAUCAAUGAUUUCUAAGACAAGGCGGCAUGCGGUACACACACACACACGUACAUAAUCGCCCAUAUGAAUAUGGGAGUGUGUGUGUAAUAAAUUAGAGCAACGGCGCAACAACAACUUGUGGGCGGUACGCCUACUUUAUCACCUAGAACCGACAGUUUAUCCACCGAAUGAUCUUCUGGAUGUAUUUGUGCAGGUGUGAGAACUGAAGGCAAAUAUGUUGCAGCGUACGAAAUCGGCGAGGAAUCGAAAAAGUAGUGGCAGAUGCAGUGAUGGGGACUCAUCGGCUAAUGAGGCGCCAGUUUUUGCCUCAGUGCAUCGGGCCCGACACAAUGGGGCAGGCAGCAGCUCGGCCGCUAGACGUGAUGUCCCACAAAAGGCUACAGCUUGUGGUGGCCAUCAGCAACGUCAAAGCUAUCAUCAGUAUCAGCAGCAACGUAAAUUACAACAUCAGCUGCAACAACAGCAACAGCAACAGCAGCAUCAGCAGCAAUCAGUCGGCAUUGAAAACUCGAGUGCCGCACAAAAACUAGCCAAAACGACGCGUAAUUGGAACGAGCAACAGCAGCAACAACAGCAAUUGCAACAACCCAGCACCGUUGACACUGCAACGAAGCAAUCAAUUGCGGUGUCAAUGCCGCAAUCAUUGGUGGCUGCCACUGCAGCGAACCAUGGCCGCCCGGCAAUGCAACAAAUCAAUGCAAAUGGUGGGCCACAACGCGAUGUAUCGCCGACGAAGGCGAGUCGCAUACCCUUACAACAACAGCAACAUAACCAAGUGCAACCAAAUUUUAAUCAAAUAUCCAAAACCGCUACAAAUCUAUUGAAUGAUAUUUACGAGCGGCAUCUCUUGAACCAGACGACGUUCCAGGCCGAGCAUAGCCAAGAAAGACCGCAGCAGACACAACAACAGCCACAGCAGCAGCAACAACAAACGAAUAAGCUGCAGCAACAGCCACAUUUACAGCCGAGGCAUCACCUGCAGCAGCAACGUUUCUUGGCUGCACGGCAGGUGGGGCAGGAGGUGGAGCUUAAUUUUGCGAGCUCCACGGCACAACAGCAGAGAAACCAGCAGCAUGCACAGCAAUCACCGCGCCAUUUUCUGUCUUUCGGCAAUCAGCAGGCACAUCAACAUUCGUUCGGAACCCAGGAAGGUGGCAACUCCGCGCUUGCAACAUUUGUGCCUAUACAUGGCAGCAGUAAGCAACAUGUUGCACAAAAGCCGGUACAUUUCUUGAAGCUGCCACCACCACCGCCGCUAGCGGCUCCACCUACCAACGCGGGUGGCCAAAACGAGUCGGUUCCACCAAAAGAGUUCGGCUCCUACACAUCUUAUCAGCAACAUUUCCAAUUCUCCGACGCAUAUGUUGAGCCUGUGGAUAGCCGUAAACAUUUCCUCUUGCAAUCUGAUGCGGCCUCAACGGCCAAUCCACCGCCACCGCCCGCGCCACUCAAUCACGUCUACGAGACGAUUAAGGAGCGACCCCCAAUGCCGCCACCAAAAAAUGUGAGAACUGCCGAAGCUGGGGGUGAGGACGAAGCACCGCCUUUGCCGCCAUCGAGGCAGUUGAAAAAGCGUUUGGUGGCCGCCGCCGUUGCAAAGGUCGGUGGCAAUAAACGUACUACAACAACAGCGAAUACGAGUCAAAGCAAAAUGGAUGCAGGUCAGUUGGGCGGCAAUGGCAAGCUCAACAGCAAAUUAUUGCCCAUGCAACCGCCCGCAUACGUGGCGCCACCAGCUGCGGGUCCGGCAAAGCAAUCAAUACCAAAGCAGCAACCGCAGCAACAACAAUAUAAUUCGCAGCAGCGCACGAAGGCGGACGGCGAGCAACGUCCUUACCUCUAUCAGCAGUUGCGCGAGCGACAACAGCAGCAACAACAGCAAGCGUCAACGUUGAAGACAACUGCUCAGCGUCAGCCGCAACACCACUCACAACAGCAACAGCAACAACACCAACGUCCCAAUCACCCACAAGUGCGCGAGCAUCCUUUGGGCGCCCAUGCGGACCAACAUGGCGCACAAAAGCUGCAGUCCCAACCACAACAACUACAACAAUUCACUAAUACCAACAACAGCCAACAAAAGCCUGUUGAAAAUAUGAUAACCCAAUCUGCAGUCGCAUUAACCACCACAAAAGCAACGGUGCAUGCCACCAGCACACCGUCCGCACCGCUGACGACAGCCAACUCAAACUCCAUCUGCGCGACGUCCAUUGAUGUUACCGAUAGCUCGGUGGAGUUGAUGUUACAACAAGCCGGUUUGUUACAUUCGCAUGCUACCUCAUUAACGGCACACAGCGGCGGCGGCGGCGGAAGCGGCGGCGCCAACAAAGCUCCACAAACCGCUUAUAAUAAUAAUGCCAACCAUACUGCCGGCAUUGGCAACAACAACAGCAAUAACAUAUCCAAUUUGCAUCCCAUACGUCCGACUGCAUUGCCAAUCGUUUUCGAGGAGGAUACCGGCGAGUUCCAGGACGUGCUCGUACUCGAAGAAGACGGCACGGCUAAACUACCGUAUCGACACGGCAAGAUCGAGGUGCGUUUGGAGACAGCGCAGGCGAUGGCCGCGGCUGCUUAUUAUGCCAGGGCCGCACAAAAACUCGCACAAACUCACAAUUCGACAAAAAGUCGCACCGCCGAACUGCCAAACGCGAGCGCGCGAAAUGGUGGUUUCUGUGGAGCGCUGCAACGGGCGCCACCGCCCAUGCCACCGGGUUUGGCGCGUCGACUUGCGAACAAGGAAAACUACGGUAUCGGCAAGGUUAAGGUGAUGUUGCGUGUCUCGGACGCGCACACGGACACGGAACACCCACACUUCAUGGCGGUCGAUAAGAAGAAACGUCAAGUGACGCUGACAGAUCCGUCGGCAGCGAGCGCCGUCGCGGCCUCGACGUCGCAGGAGCGCGGUCCCAUGGUGGCCGCGCCGAAAAUGUUCGCCUUCGAUAGCCUCUUCACGGCGGAGGAUCAACAGUCCGAUAUCUGUGCUUCCGCUUUGUCUGAGGUGAUACCCGCCGUAUUGGAAGGUUCAGACGGCUGUCUACUCACGAUUGGUUAUCCGAAUUCCGGUCAACCGAAAACCAUGUUGGGUGGCGUGAACCCGCCCACCGAAUUAGGUGCUAUUCCUUGCGCCAUUUCGUGGCUGUACAAGGGCAUUAAUGAGCGGCGUCAGAAGAGUGGUGCGCGCUUUUCGGUGCGCGUCAGUGCGCUGGGUGUUAGCGCCACGAAACCGGACUCGAGCUCGAAGGAUUUGUUAGCGGCGCAUGCGACUGAAUCCGACGACUCUCCCGGCGUGUAUUUACGUGAUGACUUCCUUGGCGGACCCACCGAAUUGCGUGCGCCCACCGCCGAACGUGCCGCAUUGUUCCUAGAUGCUGCACUCGCCGGACGACCACAAGGCGGUCUGGAGCCGGCCAUGAUAUUCACACUGCACGUCUACCAGUACAGCUUGUCGCGCAAAGGCGGCGUGGCCGGUGGACGCAGUCGUUUGCAUCUCAUCGAUUUGGGUGGCUGUGCCAACCGCAAUGGGGGACUGCCGCUCUCCGGCAUCGGCAACAUACUGCUGGCGAUAUUGAGUGGACAACGGCAUCCGCCGAAUAAGGACCAUCCAUUGACGCCACUGUUGAAAGAUUGUCUGGCGCCGUUGACGUGUCAUGUCGCCAUAAUGGCGCACGUGAUGCACACACAGUCGCAUACGGAUGCAUUGACAACGAUACAAUUGGCCUCACGCAUACAUCGCAUGCGUCGACGUAAGCACCGUUUUCCGAUGCCAAGUGACAAGACCGGUGUGGGAGGCUUGGCGGCCGGCGUUAAUGGAGGUCAUCAAUCGACUGGCUCUUCGGCUGGCUCUGGCGCAGAUCCUUCCAGCUCCGAAUUAUCCGCCGAUACAGUAAUCUACAUGGGACCCAGCGACGAUGCGACGGAUGGUGAACAUCCGCCGGUUUAUUUGCCCUCGCUCAGCAGUGGCGACAACCGUUGUGUGAUGAGCAAAGCGCUAAAAGGUAGUGGCUUGGAGAAACAACAGCAGUCACCGGCGAAAAGUGCAGCGGGUACAUUGAAGAAGACAGCGGCACAAAAAGUCCCACAAAGUCCCACCAUCAAUGCGUCCAGUCGUAAUGGCAGUUUGAAGCGCGGCCACGUCAACAGUCCCACACCAGCGCAGCAGCAACAACAGGCGCCUCAAGUGAGCACUGUGAACGCUGACCAACAGCAACAGCAGCAGUUCUUCUCACCCGUGCACAGCACGAAAUCGCUUACGCAUUCAGCAUCCUCACCGAAAAUAGUUGCGGGCAGUUUACGACACCCCGGCAUGGCUGGUAUGAUGUGCUCGAAGGGUUCGAACGUGCCAUCGCCCAAAGGUUCGCCGCUACGUCGACCCGGUGUGGGUGGUGGUGCCAGUGUGGCCGCUGCCGCCGCUGAUGCGCUAGACUGUCCCGGCAGUCCAAUGCGCAAAAUAAGCGAGGAACAAUGGAUUGAUGGGCCGCGCGUAUCGCGCGCUAAAGUAGCUGAAGCGCGUCACUUGAUGCGUGAGGUGAAUCAUGUGAAACAAUGUGAGACCUGGAUCGAUGGUCCUAAGUCACAGUCUGCACGUUCACUAACCGCCGGCAAUCUGCCAACAGCGCCGUCACAAGUGCAAGGCUACGGCUUUAUGGAUUCGCACAAGAAGUCUAUGAUACGACAAUGGGUGGAGAAUCAGACAUCGCAGGUCUUCCAAAGCACAUCAGCGGCCUCAUCGCCUACACAUGGUGCUGGCAAUGCGGCUCAUCGCGACCAGCAGGCACAGCAUCUGCGCAACAUUACAUACCACAUGUCACAGCUGAAGCAGAAAUCACUCGAUGCACCGGAGGAUUUGUACGCGACGAGCACAAGACAAUUGCAACACCAACAGCACAGCGUACUGCAACCGCAAUUGCAGCAACAACACUCACUACCGCUGGAACAACAGUUUCUGUUGUGCGCCAGUGAGGCAGAGUUGGCACAAGCCAUUGCCAUGGGUCUUUCCACAGCUGUGAGCACAACGAAUGCCUCAGCGCCUGCAGAGAUACGCGGCUCGAAGGCUUUGUACCAUCAACGACAGUCCAGCGCCACCGGCUCGCUCGGACUUACGCAGCAAACAGCAAAAGAUGAGACUGAUUUACAUUCGACGCACUCGCACACCGGUUAUGGCACCAUUUCACAGCAAAUAUACGCUCACGGCAGCGCCGCGGCAUCGGAGCACGGUGUUGUUGUGGGUGGUCAACAAAGCGAUCGGCAAGCGGAUUGUGAUGAGGACCAAGACAGUGGUCCAUCGGAGGUGCCACCCGCUCUGCCGCUCAUCGAGCCAUUAGGUUCGCGUGAAAUUUCACACGAAAGUCUACAUCGCAUACUGUCGCGACAUGUGUCACGCGAAUCGCUCUACCAACAGCAACAACAACGCGAACAGCAACAGGAAUUACUUCGCCACGAGGAGUUGCAACAAAAUGCGCCUUCAAGGCAAUCUUCGCAUCAUUUCUCCCAACACAGCAUGGGCAUGUCCGAUUGUGGACUGCAAGUGACAGAGGAGGAGAUAGCGCGCACAAUGGGCGGCGAGCAUCCACUAGCCGCACUCAGUCACGUUGACAAUAUGUCCAUUGUGUCGAGCUUCAACAUGGCCGGCGAUGCGUUCAGCGAUUGUGCGAUGGGUGAAAGAACGAGGAACCAAUUCGAUCAAUUAGCGCGUUUACGUGAGAUCUUCACCUCACAGCUGGCCAUGGCCGAAGUAACGCCAGUCUUCCGCAGCUGCGAUAUGGGCAGCGUGUACAGUGAGCCUGCGUAUCGCUUCAACACGGGACCGGGUAGUGUGUGUAGUGAACCGCCAUAUAGACCACCGAGUCCGAGACAACCUUCGCGCAGUCCCAGCCAAGGCAGUUUGCCCAGCCUGAAUGGCAUAAUGCAAAUCGCCGGCAUGGAACAAUAUGCUUCGCUGCGUCAUCCCGACGGUGCUUCCGAUCCGAAUUUGCCAAAAGUUGAGAAACCUUUCGUGCUGGAACAUGAAGACAUCUGCGAAGUUGACGAAAAAUCCGCAUUGCUAUCACCCUCCAAGCGACCUUCCCUGGAAAAAGAGCAUCUACCCGGUGUUGGUGUCGCCACAGUACCCACAUCUUCACAAACUCAACUACCAUUGCUGCCAUUAAAUACUUCUUGUGAGGCUUACGACAGUGGACAUGACUCAUCCACGCCUCGCACCUCCAAGCAUUCCGGCAUUUCGCGACGCGCCGAAAGCGGCUACCAUAGCGUGGCGACGGCGCGGGAUAGUGAUGAGAGCAGCUUUACGUCGGGACUCUCCAAAGAACAUCACAAUCGCAUAACAAUGGUGAAGAAGAAGCGACAGGAUAAGGGUCUCUGCAAUUGGCUGAUGAAUCCCUUCACCUGCACCUAUCCAGAGACUGAAGGCGAGAUAAGCGACUUUUGAAGAGCGCAGUAAACGGCAGCGAAAGCGACAGCGUGCCAGUGAGAGGAACUCGAAUUUAUAACGAAGGUAAAUAGAAAACAGUUAUUGCGGUAGCGAGUAGAUGUGGUUAAGAGAAGAAUUAGUAAAUAGUAAGUGCGGCAAACCCACCAAGAAAAUUUUGCGCGCCGUUAGAAACAAUAACACGAAAGCAUGCCAAAUUUUUACUUUAAUAUAAUAAUAUAUUAGUGUUUAUUUCCUUUUCGAAAUAACUAAAGCCAAUGUUUUUAUGUGGCAGUUGAAACGGCGACUGAUUGUUUUUUAAUGGAAAUUUUUAUUGAACAUAUGGAAAAAGAAGAUUUUUAGCUUCAAAAUAUUUAGUAAAGGAACAAAAACAAAAACUCAAAACUUUGCAGAAUUCAUCGUGAAGUGAAAGCUUAAGUUUCAUACAUAUAAGAUAAAUGUAUUAAGAUUAAAAUGUGAGGUAUUUUACAGUGAAAGCUUUUAAACUAUACGAAAGCUUGAGUAACAGAGAACAGUAAAUGUUUUUACGAUAUGCGUUGAAAGCUUUUUAUUGUUUAUGUAAUAAUUUUUUUCGGCCUAAAAUUUUAGUAAUUUUUGCGAAAAAGUGAAAGGUUUUGCGAAAACACGAAAGCUUCCAAGCCUAUAAUGAAAGCUUUUCGGAAUAAGUUUGAGUUGAAAGCUUACUUUUAAUUGCAAUUUCGAAUUAACAUCAUAUUAUGAUAAUUUUUUAUAAUAGUUGCUUAUUUAUAAGCUUCAAAAUCAUGCUUGUCGUCCUCAAAGCUUUCGUAUAUAAAAGAAAUUUUACUAUAAAAGGUUGUUUUUAAUAUUUUUAUUUAAUAUAAAAGGUACACCUUAAAUGUAAAUGCACAUCUAUUAAGCGGUUUCUUACGGAAGUUGUCAAAGUCAAAUUUUCUGUGAAAGCUUUUUUUUAUGAUUGAAAAUUUUCAUUGAAAAUAUUAAGCUUCCACUCACUCCAUUUAAAACUAGUUUACUCCGCUGCAAUUCAAAUUUACAUUUAUUUUAAAAAGUUUUCACAGCUACACGGCGCGGAAAGCUUUUUAUGUUUUAUGUUUGAAAAUUUUCAUCAAACAUCGCAAGCUUCCGCCCAAUCCAUUUAAAACUAGUUUACUUUGCUGCAAAUUAAAUGAAAAUUUAUUUUCUAAGACUUUCUUCCCAGGUAUUCAGCGUUGAAAGCUUUCAUGCUUUUUUUUUUAAUUUUUUACAAUGAAUGAAAAGCAUAUCCGCAAAUUACUAUAAACUCAAAUAAUUUCGCUUAAAAACAUAUUAUGUUCAUAUCUUAAGCAUUUUCGACCUAAAAGCUUAUUUGAAGUGCAAGCUUUCUGCAUUGCAAAACAUUCCUUAGACCGCAAAAGCUUUCUAAAAACACUAUCAACUUCAAAUUUCGUUAAAAUGUAAUUGUAAAAUAUUUUGUACAGCUAACACAUACCUUACUCGUCUGCUUCGAAAGCUCUGCCUAACUGUCGCGCUACUGUAAAAAGAUAGAUUUAGUGAAAUAUAUAAUUCUCAACACUUGCAUUUACGUUUGCUGCCUAACCUCAACACUUUGUGCAUUCAUUUAAGAAAAAUAGCGUAUUUUAUGAAAAGAGCUUUUUGUGAGCUUUCAUUAUUUUAUUGGUUUUUAUUGCGCUUAAGCGAUUGUUAAAUAAUUUUUAACAAUUGCAUCAGCAAAAAUCUUCUUUUAACUAGUGUCUAGUUAACUUUGCUAAGUCCUCAACAACAACAACAACAAACCAGUAAAUAAAAUAAAAUAUUAAGUAAAUAAGUUUCUUAAUUAAAAUUGUUAAUACAUUUAGCUAAAUUUAAGUGUAAACGAGUGCUUUUGUUAGGAAAAAAGCGUAAAUCGAAAAAAGCUACAAACUAUAAAUAUUAAGUACUAAAUAGAAAUUUUGUUGCCAGUUUUGCCUAUUUAAACUAUGUUAAAAUUUUGAAAUGUUUAUCCGAAACUAACUCAACUGAUAUGAAUACAAGUAUAUACAAUGUAACUAAUGAAAUGAGAAAGUAUAUAGAAAUGCAUUUAUGUAAUAUUCGAUAUACAUAUAUAUAAUAUUAACUACAUGCAUACAUACACAUAAAUAUAUACGCAUAUAUAUAAUUGCUAUUAUUAUUAUAAUAAAUAAAAUUUAUUACAAAACUUACAAGUGCAUAAAAACAUAUAAAAAAGAGUAAAUAAAUAAAAUAUACAUAAAGUAUAUGCAAGCAAAUCGGUGUAAAUGUAUGUGUGUGUGAGGAGGAAAAAAUAUCAGAAUUUUGAAAAAAAAAAUCUUUGCUAAAAAUUAUAAAUUAAAAAUUUUAUAAAAAAGAAAUUGUAUUAAAAAAAAUGUUUCUUUAAAAAAAAAUUAUUUAAAAAAAGUAUGAUUUGUUUUUUAAUUAAUUUUUUUUUUAAUUUUUAAAUUUUUAGAAUAAAAUCCAUAAAAAAUGUCUAAAAAAUAUUGGCAAAAAAAUUGUAAAUUUAAAAAAUUUUCAAAUUGUUUUUUUUUUCCAAAUCAAGCCCAUCCUAAGAAAAAUAAGUGAUUUAUUUUUUUUGUUAUUAUUAUUUUAUUUUUAGGUUUUAAAAAUAAAUUAUCAAAAAAAUCUAAAAAAUAAUUCAAAAUUGUGUAAGCAGGAAAAAAUAUCAGAAUUUUGAAAAUAAUAAGAAAAAAAUUGGAGAAUUUUAAAAUUUUACUUUGGCAAAAAAAUUAUAAAUUUAAAAACUUUUCAAAUUUUUAUUUUAAAAAUCAAGCCUAACCUAAGAAAAAUAUUUUUUUUAGGUUCAUUUUGCUAUUUUGUAAAAUUUAAAAAUAAAUUUAAAAGAACCAAAAACAAUUAAAAAUGUUCAAAACUAGGUAAGGAAGAAAAAUAUCAGAAUUCUGAAAGCUUAAGCCACAAGCUUAAAUUUUUUAAAGUUUUAUUUAAAAAAAGUCAAACCUAGCCUCUGAAAAACGCAAACAAAAACAUCACCACAGCUUCAAGUGAUUAAUUUUUUUAUUAAAAUUUCAUUUGGAAAAAUUUAAAAAUUUUAUUUGAAAAAGUUUCAAAAUUUUAUUUAAAAAACUCAACCCUAACCUCUAAAAA